AUGGCUACGAAAAGGAAGAGCCCCACGGACCAUGGUGGUAAUUCAUUUCCUGUUCGAUUAGGGCAGCAUAACAACUUUUUUAGGUUUGAAGAUUUUGAAGAUGAUAAGAGUGUUGUUUUGAUGGAAGCUCAUUUAGAAAUGAUGCAAAAGUUCAUUAACUUUUGUAAGGAGAAGAAAGUAAAAUAUGUCCAGGAGCUCCCUGAUAAAACCAAACUCAAUCUGCAUGAAGAGAAUGAGGAGUCCUUCAAAAGAAAUGCAUUCAAGGAGAAGCUUACAACAUAUUUUGGAGAGCAUUUGCCUCCUGAUGUUGUUGAUGAGUUAUGCAACCUUGUUCAAGAUAAUUCAUAUGGGAAGUGUCAUUACUGUGGUCUGCCAGCAGAAAGCUUAGUGCUCAGUGUUCUACAGAUCCUUCAUGAUGCAUCUCAAAACCUGGGGAAGAAAACCCACGGUUCUCAAAUAGCACACAGUAGCCAUGCUUGCCGUAAUGCACCUGUUUGCAACAACCAUGAUGCUAACUUUAAUUCCAUGAAUAAAAAAGCCCCACCAGCUUCAGACAUAGUUCAUGGGAAGCCCCCAAGCACAAAUGGCGAAAAUGGAAAGUAUGCUGCAUCAGAUAAAGGUCUCCAUCAUUCUACAUAUAAUAUAUACAAUGGAAUUGAAGCUACUAAAAGCUUUCAGAACCAAGUCAAGGCAAAUCAUGUUCCUAUUCUCGACACACCAGUAUUCUUGUUUGGGAGGGAGUUUAGUAGGAAUACAUCUGUAUCAUCGCAGCAUGCUCCAGCAAUGCCGAUGAAUCCCAAAUCGAAGCCUAAUCGUUUCAUUAGCAAACUUCAUCUACCUGCAGUUCCAUCGUUACAAGCUUCAAUUCCAAACCCUAUCAAAGAUGUUUCACCUAAGGUCUAUAUUUUUAAGGAAACAAAAUCCAAAGGUCGUUCCUUGGACAUGGGAGAAUUAGCUGACCAACUGUACAACAAAAAGAAUUUGAACAUCCGGAUGUCCAAUAACAUGACUCAUGUAGUUGAAGAUCAUAGUCUCGAGCAUCAAAAAUCUUCUCGUCGUUUUAAUGUGUCUGAAACUGAGAUGCGCUACUAUAAAGUCUUUUGUGGUCUUGCUCACAGCCAAUGGAGCUGCUUUGAGGGUGUUAAGCUAUUCAAGACUAGUGUUACAUACCAGUCUUUGGGUGAAUCAAUAGAGCCUUUGGGCCAUGUUGAUAAUUUUUUCAUUGCUGGAUAUUGUCGUAAGCUCUUUGAUGAUAGUCACCCAAAAGAAUCAAGGAAGCACUUUUUCUACCCUAGGAUUGGUUUGUGUUUGUUGUCAUAUAUAUCUACCUAUGAAGCCAAUACUGUAAAGAAUUCUUUUCUUGGUGCUAAUUCAGCGUUAAAGUUUCAUUUAGCUGAUAAACUUUGUUUCCCUAUCUUCCACGCACACAUAAAGCAUUGGUCUGUUUUCAUUGUGGAUUUGAGGCUGAAACUAUUUGUUUUUCUGGACUCUAUGUUUGGUGAGAAUGAUAGCAUUCAAAUUGAGACAAGGGAUAGUAUUAUUCCGGCUUUCAAAGAGUGUUGGUAUGAACACGCUGAAGUAAAGUUAGACCUGGAUGUUUUUUCAGUUGUGUACCCUCCUGUCCCUAAACAGAACAACAUACAUGAUUGUGGCAUAUUUGCUAUUAAGUUCAUGGAGUUAUGGGAUAACAGUAUGGACCUUAGGCAUGUUUUUGAUCAGUCUGACAUCCCUAGUCUAAGAGUCAAGGGCAUUGAUCCUCGGGGUAUGUGA